UUUUUGCUGGUUUCAGGACACUUCUUUUUUGCCUUUCCUGCGGACUUUAUCUUUCGAAUUCCAUUCGCUAUGUCUGGACGCGGGAAGCAGGGCGGCAAGGCUCGCGCCAAGGCCAAGACGCGCUCGUCGCGGGCCGGGCUGCAGUUUCCCGUGGGCCGCGUGCACCGCCUGCUCCGCAAGGGCAACUACGCCGAGCGGGUGGGCGCCGGCGCGCCCGUGUACCUGGCGGCCGUGCUCGAGUACCUGACGGCCGAGAUCCUGGAGCUG